GCUCCGCAUAUUUAUCUUUCCCUCUUUCCUUCACUUAUGCUUUCGAGAAUAUCGCGUGCAGCUUCUCGGGGAGCUUCCUCUUCAAAAGUUCAGAACCCAGCCCAUGCCUGCUGGAGCCGCAGAGGCAUUGUGCAACCUUCAGGAGCAGAAAGAGCCAGUGUGGUGGAUCUACCAGCAACAUACAAAGAUGAAAGCCAUUUCACACCGAGGUCUGAUAUGCUUGGCUUCAAAAUUGAAAUGCCCCAGCGUGAAGGAACAUUGCAAGAGAAGACCCGUCCUAUAUAUCUUGACAUGCAGGCCACAACACCUGUAGAUCCACGAGUGCUAGAUGCCAUGUUACCGUAUCUCACAGACCAGUACGGGAACCCUCACAGUCGAACUCAUGCAUAUGGCUGGGAGGCAGAACAAGCUGUCGAGGAUGCACGCAAGCAUGUUGCGGAACUAAUUGGUGCUGAUCCCAAAGACAUCAUUUUUACUUCUGGUGCUACAGAGACAAAUAACAUGGCCAUCAAGGGUGUUGCACGAUUUCACCAAGAGAGAAAAAAACACAUAAUAACAACCCAAACGGAGCACAAAUGUGUACUUGAUUCUUGCCGGAAACUGGGGGAGGAAGGCUUUGAUAUAACAUACCUUCCUGUGCAAAAAAACGGGAUAAUCUCUUUGGAAGAGCUAGAGGCAGCCAUCCGUCCGGAUACGUCAUUAGUAUCCAUCAUGAUAGUUAACAACGAAACUGGUGUUAUACAACCCAUCACGGAGAUCGGAGCCCUUCUUCGCCAGCACUCUGGAGUCUACUUCCACACAGAUGCAGCGCAAGCAGUUGGAAAAAUUCCUGUUGACGUAAACGAUAUGAACGUCGACCUUAUGAGUAUUUCCGGACACAAGUUGUAUGGGCCGAAAGGAGUUGGUGCUGCGUACGUCAGGCGGCGGCCUCGCGUGAGGCUGGAACCCAUCUUGAAUGGUGGUGGUCAGGAAAGAGGGCUCCGAAGUGGAACAUUACCAACUGCAUUAGCUGUCGGCCUGGGUGAAGCUGCUCGCAUUGCGAAAAAAGAGAUGGUUAGGGACAAUAUACACAUCAACCUCCUCUCCAAACGGCUCAUUGAUGGAAUAAACUCUCAAGUAGAGCACGUCGUUCGAAAUGGUGACACCAAUGGAUACCCUGGCUGCGUCAACCUGAGUUUUUCUUAUGUCGAAGGAGAAAGCCUUCUUAUGGCUUUGAAAGAUAUCGCUCUUUCGUCAGGCAGUGCUUGUACUUCUGCAUCUCUUGAACCAUCAUAUGUGCUUCGUGCCCUAGGUGCUGCUGAGGACAUGGCACAUUCUUCUCUACGAUUCGGGAUGGGUCGGUUUACCACCGAGGCUGAGGUUGACUUCGUUGUUCAGCACCUCAUAAACACUGUGCAUCGAUUGCGCGAAAUGAGCCCAUUGUGGGAGAUGGUCCAAGAAGGCAUUGAUAUCAACUCCAUCGACUGGUCUCAGGCUCAGCAUUAAUUUCUAUGUACAUACAUACGUACCUUUACCGUUGAAUACCGUCUUCUUGUUUUUGUUUACAGUACUGUUGCAUAAAUUGUACAUUACACUGUUAUGUUUUGUCGAGAUAUUUGCGCGAGGUUUUUCUUCUUUAGUCUGCAGAGAAGAUGAGCGUAUUACAACCUAUUGUCGCAGAAAAUUUCCCCAAUAAACAUUCAUUUUCUUCACAGCUACAUACUCCGAUGAUCAAUUGAUCCAACCAGAACCUUGGAGCAUUGAACAGUCCUGGAGAUUGCGCUGCGGGAGG